AUGGUGAGGAGUGAUCCGUGGCGGACGGAAACGCGCCAUGGGGGUGGCGAUCUGGGAUAUCGCCAGGAGACGGGAGCGUAUCGCUCGCCGGAUGCAAGUUAUCGCCGUCGCAAAGAUCGGAGGCGCGGGCGAGGCUUGGAAGGACUGUUUUCGGGCCGAGAGGGAGACCUCAACGCUGGCGGAGUAGAAGAAAGCGACGCGGCGGACACCUCGCAGGAGUCCGAGCACGGCGAUGCGGCGGAGAACGGCGCCGACGGCCGGAAGGAGGACGUGAGCAAGCAGCGCGACGUGCCUGCAGAAGCAACAGAAGCAGAUCUCGCGCAGGCGAGCGUGGCGGCAGAGACAAGCGCGGUGGAGGCGGACGGAACGAGUGGUGCUCAAAACCCGCCGCGCAACGGAGACGAGCGUGGCAGCAAGAGGCGUAGCAGCAGCUCGCGCUCUCCAGAUUUGCGUCAGCAAUGCGACGCGGGAUGCGGCGACGGCGUGCGCUCGCCAGAUCACCGGCGCACUUGUGAUGGGGGGCGCGGCGACGGCAUGCGCUCGCCAGAUCCGCGGCGCACUCGUGAUGGGGGACGCGGCGACGGCGUGCGCUCGCCAGAUCCGCGGCGCACUCGUGAUGGGGGACGCGGCGACGGCAUGCGCUCGACAGAUCCGCGGCGCACUCGUGAUGGGGGACGCGGCGAUGGUGUGCGCUCGCCAAAUCCGCGACGCACUCGUGAUGGGGGAAGCGGCGACGGCGUGCGCUCGCCAGAUCCGCGGCGCACUCGUGAUGGGGGACGCGGCGACGGCGUGCGCUCGCCAGAUCCGCGGCGCACUCGUGAUGGGGGACGCGGGGACGGCAUGCGCUCGCCAGAUCCGUGGCCGCUGCAUGAGAGGAGACACGGAAGUGGAUACCACUCGCCAGAUUCGAGGCAACACCGGGACAGUGGGCGCGGGGGCAGCACGCACUCACUAGAUCCGCGGAGAAAGCGCGACGGGAGAAGCAGAGGGGAUUCGCGCUUGCCAGAGCCUCGUUACUCGCGUGAUGAGAGACGCGGAGGAGGCAAUCGCUCGCCGGACAUGCAACGGUACCGUGGAGAGAAGUGGGGAGACAAGGCGCACUCGCCCGACUGGCGCCUGCGUCAUGGGGAAAGCCGGGGAGGCGGAUAUCGCUCACCGCAUCGGCGGCAGAGCAGGGAUGGGAGGCGCGGUGGUGGGUCUCGAUCGCCUGGCCGGUAUUGGCAGCACGACGGAAGAUGUGCCGGACAGGGAGGGCGGGAGCAACAUGGCGAUAGAGAAGAAAGCAGUGGGCUGGUGCACAGCCUGGAGCGAGCCAAGGAAGCAAGGGAGGGCCUACAGCGGGCAAAAGGAAGGGGAGCAUCAGGGAGAUCGGUGGGAGGGCCGAGCGAGGCAUGGGGAGAAGGAAGGGGAGGCACGGCCGUGGGCAUGAGGGUGGAGUAG